CUCUGGAUCGCUUGGACAGGUUGAGCUGCUCGGUGGCCCACUUCCCGGCCGCCGCUUUGUGCUUUGUCUGGGCGUCAGGCGAAUCGACGCCCCGCGACUCGCCUCCGCUGUUGAGGACCAGUUGAAAGCAAUGCUAGGCCUGAUCCAUCUUCCUUCCUUUUGCAUUGCUUAUCAUCGAGCGGCACGGCCGGCACGACAACUACUUCUCGCUCUCUUCACUUUCUGUUUCAAGCCAUAGCCGCAGUCUUCGAUUGCCGGCGCCGCUUCUUUUCCUGCCUACCUCUUCUCCUCGCACCUCCUAUCCGCCUACGCUUUUCCGCCCUCCGCUUCGCUACCCGCCAAUCAAGAUGGCUCCUUCGUCCAACGUCUUCAAUCUAGCUACGUCGUCCGCCUCCCAGAUUCUCUCCCUCGAAUCGAUACGCUCAGUCCUUCAACGUCUAGAGGACACCAUCGUCUUCCAGCUCAUCGAGCGCGCUCAAUUUGCGCGCAAUGCGCCCAUGUACUACCCGGGCGCCUUCCCCGAGCUCAUCGAAAAGGAAGGAUGGCACGCCUCGUGGGUCGAGUGGUUCCUCAAGGAGACCGAGGGGGCUCAUGCCAAGUGCAGGAGGUGGGAUGCGCCCGAUGAGUACCCUUUCACCAAGCCGGACUUGCUGCCCAAGGCCAUCCUCCCACCGAUCAAGUACCCGAAACUGCUCUACGAUCACGGCAUCAAUGUGAACACGGAUAUCUAUACGCAUUACCGCGAUGUCAUCGUACCCACGAUCACGAGUGACGACGAUGACGGACAAUACGGCUCCUCAGCAGUACGAGAUGUUGAGACGCUCGCUGCUCUCUCCCGACGCAUUCAUUUCGGCAUGUUCGUUUCCGAGUCCAAAUUCCGCAGCGAUCCACAAGCUUUCAUCGAGCCCAUCAGGAAAGAGGACAGGGAAAAGUUGGAAGCCCUAAUCACCAAGCCGGCUGUGGAGCAGGCAUUGCUGGUCAGGUUGAGGGAGAAGGCGAGGGUGUACGGGCAGGAUCUGGACAAGGCAGUGGGAUCAUUGGCAACACAAGGACAAGGGGCUACGGCGGGGACUGCGGCCGCGCGACCGGCAUCAUCCUCUGGGGAGAAGCACAAAAUCGACGCAGACGACGUCGUGCACAUCUAUCAGGAUUUCGUUAUACCCAUGACCAAGAGGGUCGAGGUGGACUACUUGAUUAAGAGACUUGAUCACCUUUCACCAUCGCAACUGGCAAAGAUUGAAGCAGGCGAGGGAUACGCUGAGGAGGCAUAGCGAGCUAGGUCAUUAGUAAGCCAAAGGGAGAAGGAAGCCAGGAGCAG